UGUUAUUUUUAAGAGAAGAUGUCCUUUCAAGUUCAGCCACAGGCACAGCCACAGCAGCCAGUUCAGGUGUACCCUGCCACUGUCACCACCCAGCCACCUUCCCAUCAUUCCAAUGGUUCCUUUGGGACUGUUUUCAUUGUGCUGGCUGUGAUUUUGGUCAUUUCUCUUCUUGCUUGCUUUCUCGGCCGCCUCUGCAGCCGCCGCCGCCACCCUGAGAGCUACGGUGGUGGUCAUCAUGGCCAUAAACCAUACAAGCAGCAAAACAUGAACCAGAACCCGAACCCGAGCCAGAACUACCAGUUCCGACCCCAAGAAGGUGAUGUUGAGCUUGGGUUUGACAAGAGGAUCCCAACUACCAAACCCAACGGGCACGGUAACGGGCCCGGUCCUGGACUUGGGUAUGGAUCCCAAGGAUCAAAGCCACCUUUCUACGGUGGAAACGGAGGCAACGGUGAUGUUAAUGGAGAAGAGAAGGGAUUUGAGAUGAGGAAUGGAAGAGAAGGUAGUAUGAGAGAGCAGGGGCAUGGGCCUCGGCCUGGACUUGGGUAUGGAGGCCGAGGUCCGAGGCCACUUGUCUAUGGCGGCGGCAGAGGAGGCAACGGUGGUGCUGGUGGCGGUGAAGAGAGGGGUUUUGAGAUGAAGAACGGCGGAGAAAGAAGUAUGAGAGAGCAGGGGCAUGGGCAUGACGCUCCUUACAAGUUUACCUUGUGAAUAUAACACAACCGUUCCUAUUAUAGUAUUGGCUUUCUCUUUUAAGCAUUUUAAUUCUUUACUUUUUUCUAGUGUUUUAGAUACAGAUGGUUUGGAUUCUCUUUAAAUGAAAUGGUUCUAACCUGUUAAAAUAUACAUAGAACAGGCCCUUUUUAUGUAUAUUUAAAGAGGUUGGGACCAGAAAAUGUAAAGAGAAACUCAAUCAAAAGUCUACGAAUUAUAUAAUUGUAUAUGGUGUGAUAUGAUGACAUGAUGUAUUGUGUG